AUGAAUUGUGCACAAAAUCCAUGCCCGAACGCCCUUGAAGGGACGGCAAGUAAUCUAUUUUUAAACCUGAUCAACACUUUAAUGGCGACACAGUGUGCACUCAACCCGAGGGCCAGUUACCCAGAUGAUAUUGGAUCAAAAUUAAUAAACGGAAGCGAAUUUGAUUUCAUUAUAGUUGGUGCUGGCUCUGCUGGCUCCGCAGUAGCAAACAGACUAUCAGAAAACCCGAAAUGGAGAAUUUUAGUUUUAGAAGCAGGCAAAUAUCCAUCAGCAAGUUCCGAGGUACCUGCUCUGUUCCUGUACAUGAAGCACACCGCUGAAGAUUGGCAAUACCAAACGGUAAAUAAGUAUGCAUGCUUGGGUUUGGCUAAAGGUUGCAUAUGGUCAAGAGGCAAAGUCCUUGGAGGAAGCUCAACUAUAAAUGGCUGUAUGUACGUUAGAGGGAAUCCACUUGCGUAUAACAAUUGGAACGAUUUGGGUAAUAAAGGUUGGGGCUGGGAUGAAGUUCUGCCGUACUUCAAAAAAUCUGAGAAUACCACAAGAGAAUCUUAUAGAACAUCACCUUUGCAUGGUACUUCCGGUUACUUGACAACAAGCUACGUAAAAUCAAAUUCCUACGUGAAAAACAUGUAUAUGGAAGGAGCGAAGCAAGUAGGGAUGCUUAUAUCAGAUGAUGAACCUUCCUUAGGUUACUACGAAGUUUUAGCGACUAUUAGAGACGGUAAGCGUUGCAGUGCUUCAAAAGCAUAUUUAGCUUCUGCAGCGAACAGAAACAAUCUAUUCCUAGCAACCGAAGCGGAAGUUGGACAGGUUAUUUUCGACAAGACGACAGCUAAAGGUGUUCUGGUGAAGAUAAAUUCAAAACUAAUUAACGUGUAUGCCAAAAAAGAAGUGAUCCUGUCGGCCGGAACAAUUAAGUCGCCGACAAUACUACAGAAUUCCAACAUCGGUUUAAGGGAAGAUCUAGGUAGGAAGCCGCUCGUUAAUUUACACGUCGGUAGGAAUCUUUUGGAUCACCUUGCUAUUUUUACUCUCUUUAUUACGCUAAAUGACACCGCUUCAGAGGCUGAUGAGCCAGAUAGGAUUUUCGAUUACUUUACAGCGAAUAAAGGAUCCUUGUCAAAUAUUGGAGGUUCAAACUUCGUUGGAUUUAUAAAUACUAAAAACAAGAAUGCGAAGAUAGCUAACGUGCAAAUAUUCAACACGUUUUAUCCAAAAAAUAGUCCAGAUAUACAUCGAGAAUUGGAGAUUAUUGGGUUGGAUACGAUUUCCACGAAAAGCAUAUUAGAAGCCAGUACUAAAUCUAUAUUAUGGCAAGUUGCUCCCGCUAUUUUAAAUCCAAAAUCCGUUGGUACAUUAUUAACAAAGUCGCUUUUUGAUGCGCCAAUUAUAAAACCAAAUUACCUGCAAGAUGGUAGGGAUAUAAGAACGUUACUGGAAGCUGUCAAAUUCAUUAAAUCUCUGAUACAAACCAAAGCUUUUCAGCGAGCCGGAGCAAAAUUGUUCAUUAUGAAAAGCCCAUAUUGCCUUCAGGACGCAUCCACAGAUAGCUAUUGGAGAUGUCACAUUAAACACUACGCUACAACGGCUUAUAACCCGGUUGGAACGUGCAAAAUGGGCCCCAAAAAUAUUGCGACUUCAGUUGUAGAUUCAACACUUAAAGUCCAUGGAUUAAAUAGAAUAAGAGUAAUUGAUGCCAGCAUUAUGCCUACUAUAAUCCCAGGAAAUACCAACGCUCCGGCAAUGAUGAUCGGGGAAAAAGGCUCGGCGUUCAUUAAAGAAGAUUGGAUGUGA